AUGUCGCUGCAGAGCGAAGUUGUGCGGGUGCUCAUGCAAGAGUCAGAGAGAACGCGCUUCCCCACUCUCGUCCUGAGUCACAGAGGUCUGAGAGUCCUCCCUGAAGAGCUGGUAAAGCUGACGCACCUGGAGACACUCCUCCUCAACGACAACGGGCUCCUCAUGCCGCCCAGCGAGGUGGCUCAGCUGACACGCCUCCGCGCCCUCUCCCUGGAGCGGAACGAGCUCACCCUCUUCCCCUCCCACCUCUCCUCCCUCGCCUACCUCCAGUUCCUCAACCUCAGCUACAACAAGCUAGGCUGUCUCCCGCCCAGUUUCUCCCUUCUCCUGAGCCUCACUGAGCUCUGGUUGACUUCAGUGGGACUAUCUUCUUUUCCAGCUGAGGUGUGCGCUCUUUGCAAACUGAAAAGGCUCUCACUUGCCAAAAACUCAAUUUCAGACCUUCCCGACGAGCUCAGGAACCUCUCGGAGUUAAAGUGGCUAUCUUUAUCGCACAACUCCAUUUCUCAACUACCACUGGCGUUUUCUGAGCUCCGUUCAUUGACAGUGUGCCUACUGAACCGUAAUAAGCUAGAGCAGUUUCCACUGCACCUCCUGAAAAUAAAGUCACUUGAGAAUUUAAACAUGAGCCGGAAUUCAAUCAGUUCCCUGCCACAGAUGCUAGCAGAUCACCUCAAUUUCAAUGGUAGCUUGAGUAUGGUAGAUCUGAGGGAUCAGCUGGGUGAAACGAAUGACAUGAAAGGUGUUCUGCCUUGGUCUGCACUUGAUCAGCUCUUGCUUUAG